UGGGAGGGAGGGCUCGCCAUGGGGACCGCGCUGGACAUCAAGAUCAAGAGGGCCAACAAGGUCUAUCACUGCGGGUUAGGGCAUCUGGUCACUCCGGCCUGAAUUAACAGAAAAAUGUGCAUUUCAGGCAUCCUGGAUCCCAACCAACGAGGUGAAAUGGGAUCCAGAAAGAAUUUCAUCCAGAAGAAAACGUGAGGUACUCACUGGAGUGGUGGUCAUAACAAGUAAAGAUUCAAUCCAGCAUCAGGGAAUCUCACUAACGAUGGAAGGAUCUGUAAACAUGCAACUCAGUGCCAAAAGCGUUGGCAUGUUUGAAGCCUUCUACAAUUCUGUUAAGCCUAUCCAGAUUAUUAAUAGCACUGUAGAAAUGAUAAAACCUGGAAAACUCCCCAGUGGUAAAACAGAAAUCCCUUUUGAGUUUCCACUGCAAGUGAAGGGAAACAAAAUUCUCUAUGAAACUUACCACGGAGUUUUUGUCAACAUCCAGUAUACUCUUCGAUGUGACAUGCGGCGUUCUCUCCUGGCUAAAGAUUUGACUAAGACUUGUGAAUUUAUUGUCCACUCACCGCCUCAGAAAGGUAAACCAACCCCAAGCCCAGUGGACUUCACUAUCACUCCUGAAACAUUACAGAAUGUAAAAGAGAGGGCUUUGCUCCCCAAGUUUCUCAUCAGAGGUCAUCUCAAUUCAACAAACUGCAUCAUAACACAGCCUCUGACAGGGGAGCUAGUGGUGGUAAACUCAGACGCUGCAGUUAAGAGUAUUGAACUCCAGCUGGUACGAGUGGAAACCUGUGGCUGUGCUGAAGGUUAUGCUAGAGAUGCCACUGAGAUUCAGAAUAUUCAGAUUGCUGAUGGAGAUGUCUGCAGAAAUCUUCCCAUUCCAAUCUACAUGGUGUUCCCUAGGCUAUUUACCUGCCCCACACUAGAAACUACAAACUUCAAAGUUGAAUUUGAAGUGAACAUUGUUGUCCUCUUGCAUGAUGAUCACCUUAUCACAGAGAACUUUCCACUGAAGCUCUGCAGGUUGUGACUAAUUGGGAGAAUUGUUUCAGGACUCACAUUGACAUCAGGUGCUUCUUGUCAUUCAUGAAUCUAGUGGACUGGUACUGCAGAACCUAAUCAAGUGGAUGACUCCUAACUCAGAAUUGUAUGUUGUACCCUUAAGUGCCCACACAAGAUCAGUAUUGAAUGAGAACUAUAUGAACUUUCUCCUUAGCAGCAUUGGGAAGAAAAUGUUAAUUACUCAUGGAAGAUACAACUCUCUUGGUGAAUUAAUGUGCUGCACAUUAUAUAAUGUUCUCCAUCUAGAUUGUAUCUAGAUGCCUGUAUUUGUACUACUGAUAAUAUUAAAAAGGUGUAACGGUCAAAUAACUAUUGAGCAUGCUACAGUAAUAAUAGUGCAUUGAUUUUGAAAAUGUUUGCCAGUUUGGCUAAAAAUAGUGUUUUAAAUCUAAAUAUAGAAUUGUGAGGCUUUCAAAGUAGUUGAUGGUAAACUAGACAGCAACUGAGCUUUCAAAGCAGUUUAUGUAAUCUGCAGUGAUAAUGAAAAAAAUUACCUUGAAUUCUCAAAGAAUUAACAACAGUUAAUGAAAGCACAGGAUCUGCUCCAAAUAUUCACUGGUUUUUAUGCAUGGAUGCAGGCUGACACAGCACUGCCACCUUCUGGCAAAUUAUUAAAAUGGGAUUAAAUUCAUUUGACACAAAAUAUGAGAAGGUUGACUUUUAGUAGACAAGAAAAAUUAGAAUUGUGGUGCUGCUCCACACUCUUUGAAGGUUUCAAUUGAUAAACCCAAUAAAUUUAUCCUGGUGUGACAUCUCAGGACAGGGCAAAAGUGGCUGCAAUCUAAAUGCUAUCCUUUUGCAUUUCAUUUAUAGUACAGUGCGCCCGCGUUAAACGUGGGCGCAUUAUACGCUGCUUCCAGCACAUGCUGAAAGCAGCACCAGAAGACGCAAUGGCUUGCACAUACGUGCUAUUUCUUUUACGCGGGGUGUGUGUGUCUAGAACGGAUCCCUGUGUAAAAGAAGGGCGCACUCUAUAAAUAAAUCACUCCUGGUGUUCUAAACAUCAUAAAACCAGGAAGUUCUGAUUAGUUUCUUUACACAGAGUAGUGGGAAGAAUUAGCAUUGUUUUGCAUUUUAAUACUUGCCUGAAGGUGCUUACAGUUGCCAAAGUGGGUAGAUGUCACUCAUGGGGAAGGGGGAGCAUGAGGUGAGCUAACAAAAUGUUGUAAUUGGCCAAUUUAUUCUUAAGAGUUACACUAGUCUUCCAAGACCAUUGGCUGUCAUUCAUCGGAGAAAAUUGACAUGAUGAAGAUAUUAAAGCAAGCACAACCAAAGUUAAUUUUAAACAAGAUUAUUUGAAAGUUGUAACUUGAGGCUUUACAGGAAAUAGACGUAUAGAUAAUCCUCUAUACACUUUCCCUCCUUUUCUAACUGUUAUAUCAAAACAAAAAACAACAACUUCACUACAUUAGGCACUGUACUGUACAAAAAGGCAUAUGCUCCAGAAAAAGGCUUGGAAAAAUGGUAUGCAAAAAUGCAGAGGGGUUGUAGGGGCUUAAGUUAUAAAAAAACAAAGUUUUUAAAAAUGCAAAAUAAAGACAUUUAUCUACUCCUAACCAAGGACAUUGCAGAAA